AUAAUCAAGCUGAAUAAAAGUGUCCAGAAAAAAAGAAGUGAAUAAAAUUACCAUUCCACCACAACAUUUCACAAAAACCAACAGCUAGUGAUUUCCCUAUCGGGCCGGGGUUCAGUACGACUGCAGCUGCCAUUGCUCACCGGCAAAGGAAGAUGAACUCAUGGGACGAAUGGGUUGAGUUGGCACUGCUGAAACUGGAGUCGCGUAAACUCCUUCGUUCUCUUAGACCCAUUCAUCUAUCCAAGGAUUUAAACAUGUUAAGCUCUUCUAAUGCCGACGGCUUCGAAUUUUUCGAUGAAUUACGCCAAUGGGAUAGAGAAACAGUGGAAGUUCAGAUUUCAGAAACUACAUACCAUCAAUGGUUGCAAGACAUACCCAGUUCUGGAGAUGAGUUUGGUUGCAAUGGUGUGGCGGAUACUGAAGUAGGGGCAAGUGCUGGAACAUUCAAGAAGUUAAUUUUAUUCUCCGGAAAUGAUUAUCUGGGCUUGAGUUCGCAUCCUACAAUUAUCAAGGCUGCAACACAGGCAGUUCAAAGGCACGGAAUGGGUCCAAGAGGUUCUGCACUAAUAUGUGGUUAUACCAAUUAUCAUCGACUGCUAGAGUCAUCCUUGGCAGAGUUAAAAAACAAGGAGGAUUGCCUUCUUUGUCCCACAGGCUUUUCAGCGAACAUGGCUUUUAUGGCUGCUGUAGGCAAUGUCAGUAUGCUCUUAGCCAAUGGAGGUCAACCUUCAGUAGAUGCAAGGGUUGCUGUCUUUUCUGAUGCCCUGAAUCAUGCAUCAAUUAUUGAUGGUAUACGCCUAGCUGAGAAACAAAAGAGCAUAGCUGUUUUUGUCUACCGGCAUUGCGACAUGCGCCAUCUUAAUGAUCUAUUAACAAAUUGUACAAUGAAGAGAAAAGUUGUCAUUACUGACAGCUUAUUUAGUAUGGAUGGAGACUUUGCCCCAAUGCUUGAGCUUGUGAAGCUUCGUAAGAAGCAUGGAUUUUUGUUGGCAAUUGAUGAUGCUCAUGCAACAUUUGUUUGUGGUGAAACUGGUGGUGGGGCCGCUGAGUUGUUCAAUUGUGAAAGUGAUGUGGACAUUUGCCUAGGUACUUUGAGCAAGGCUGCAGGUUGCCAUGGUGGAUUCAUAGCAUGCAGCAAGAAAUGGAAGCAAUUGAUACAAUCAAGAGGCCGCUCUUUCAUAUUUUCAACUUCUACCCCGGUGCCUUUAAUUGCUGCUGCCCAUGCUGCUGUUGUUGUGGCAAAAAAGGAGAUGUGGCGUAGAAGAGCUAUUUGGAAUAGGGUGCAAGAUUUCCGUGAUUUAACAGGAAUUCCCAUUACAAGUCCUAUCAUCUCCCUUAUUGUGGGAAAUGAAGCGACGGCUCUGCAAUCUAGCAGGCAUCUUUUGCUACUUGGCUUUCACAUAACUGCAAUAAGACCGCCAACAGUGGCUCCUAACUCAUGCAGGUUAAGGAUAACACUGAGUGCAGCUCACACAUUGGGUGAUAUAAGAAAGCUCAUAGCGGCGCUGUCUCAAUGUGUCAACUUCAGUGAGAUCGGAUUCUACUGCACAAGCUGGAAUGCCCGACUCUAAUUAUAUUUAUUUGUUUUUCGUCGAUGCAUUUGCAUAUGUAGAAGAGUGAAUUUAAAUAUGAAAUGCAAUUAAUGAAGACAUCUUCACAAGAGUGACUUAUAAUGGUCAUAGCAUUCAAUAGUAAUGUAGCAGGUCUUAUUUUCGUACAGUAAAUACGAGCGGCAAUUAAUGAGAACGAUGCCUUCUUUCAGUAAGUGAAA